UCUGGUGAAAGUGACGAAAGUAGAUAAUUGGUCUAAGAUGCGCAUGCGUGCAGACUGACAAGGAUUUAGUUCUAGCUCAGUGGAAACGGAUUGUGCUGGUGAGCUUCAUUCAUUAUGAUUCGGGGGGAAUAGGGACAUUGAUUUCAAUUUUUCUUUUAAUUUGGAGAAGCUGCUGAGAUUUCCUGGAGGCUCUGCAGAGCCCGCGAGUCCUGUACGGACAGACUGCUCCCAGUUUGUGUCCGUCAACCUGCUGACUCGCACCUUCUGCUCAUCGUCGCGUCAGGAUCCAGUGAUAACUUCACUUGGAAGCAAGUUCGGAUGUGGCAAGCAAACUGCAGACGGAUGCAUAAUUUAGCAGACUGGAUUUCCGGGACAGUGAUGGGAGGCUGUGUGGGGAGGAGUAGGACGGAUGGACAAGGGAGUGCCCGAAGCUCGACAAGAAGCAAAAAACGUGGAGGACGUAAUGAGCCCCUCAAGAAGGAGCGUCCAAAAUGGAAGAGUGAAUACCCGAUGACGGAGGGCCAGCUGAGGAGUAAGAGAGAUGAGUUUUGGGAUACGGCUCCAGCCUUUGAUGGACGGAAAGAGAUCUGGGACGCACUCAGAGCAGCAGCCCUGGCUGCAGAGUGCAAUGACCUGGAGCUAGCACAGGCUAUAGUGGAUGGAGCCUGCAUUACUCUGCCACAUGGCUCUCUGACAGAGAGUUAUGACGAACUGGGAAACCGCUACCAGCUCCCGGCAUACACUUUAGCCCCGCCUGUCAACCUCAUCACUGAAACGUCCACUGAGAGCAAAGUCUCUGAAUCCACACAAAAACAGGCUCAACCUCCUCCAUGCAGACAAGAGUUCCAGCUGCGGGUGCGAUUAUCAACAGGAAAGGAUGUGCGUCUGACUGCCAGCAUGGCCGAUUCCAUUGCUGAGCUAAAGAAACAAUUGGAGGAACAGGAAGACAUCGACGUGAUUCGCCAGAGGUGGUUCUUUUCUGGGAAGCUCCUGACUGACAAGACUCGUCUGCAAGACACCAAGAUCCAGAAGGACUUUGUCGUCCAAGUGAUCGUCAAUGUGAACUCCUCAGUCAUAACUAACUGAGGAGUGAGAGAGAUGUGCUAUGAAGUGAUGAAGAGACGAAGGAUGUGCCGGAGAGGGCUGCAGGAAUAGGAGUAGGGCUUGAAACCGUUUUCCAGUUGGUAAUGCAGUGGAAUUUUGUGUACAUUUUUAUAUAAGAAAUUAUUGCUUUUAUAUUGCUCCUUUUUGUAUUUUUCCUUUUUCCAAAUGAAGUAAGAAUAUUGAAAAGCACUGAAACACUUUAGACUAAAAGUAGAGUCCUAAGAUGCACAUCCCAGUGUCUGUCUGUCAACUCACAGCUCUGUUGUUUACAUGGGUUCCCCUCCUUGUCAUGUGUGUUUGUACUCGUGCUUAUCGAUAAACUGAAUAUGGUUCACCUGGGGAUCCACAUGAGGGAAAUGCAUUCUCUAUCUUUUUUUUUCCUUUCAAUAUUUCUGUCAUGCGAUUUGAGAAGUAGGCAAAAAACUCCAGAGAAAAAGAAAAAUGUAAAUAUCAGUUUCCAUAUGUUGUUUGGUCAUGUGACUAUGUGCACACUACAUUUUCAAUCCACAAUUGUUUGUUCAUAAUGAAAGAACAAUGUAAUGAAGGCCCAUUUCUAAAAGGUAAUAAUAUAUAUAUUUUUUUUAUUUCAUCACCCCAAACAAAAUACUGUAGUUUUAUGUACAAUAUGAUGCUCCACUGUACUUCAAUAACUUAUCAAUAAAUAUU